AUGACCAAGAAGGGCCAACUGCAGAACUGCAAUUUGAUAAAGCACCAUAAAAGCAAGGCGCACAAGGCAGCGGUGAAGGAAUGGUUGAAGGAAGGAGGCUGUGUUGGUCCCAGUCCCGAUGCAGCCCCGUCAUUGAGUCAGUUUCAAGAGCUGAUGGAGUGCUUUGGCGACAAAAGAUCAUUGUCGCAAAAAGAGCUGCAAAUGGCAUGGUGUUUGGCAGAGGGGUUAAAAGCUUUGGACCAAAAGUUCAUUGCGAAAUCUUCUCGCAUUUCUUUGAUGCGGGAUGAGCGGCAUGGGCGGUUGGCCAUACGAUUCAUGGCUGUGGCCCCAGACUUGACAACUCGAAGUGGCUUUUUAGGCCAAGCAAGGCAAGCUGGAACAGGUUCGAAUCCCACGCACGUCCCCUUGGCAGCGAAGGAUUGGCUUCUUUGGAUUUCAGAAGAACAUCUGCUGCAGGCAGCUAUGUUGGCUGAUGCGGCCGACACAAGUCUUGCUUUAACUCGAUCCUUGGAUACGGAGCAUGUUGAUCCUGCAAAGCUGAAAGGUGACUUGCAAGUCUACAUGCGACAAAUUCGCAGUCUUUUUGUUGAAGGUCGUUGUGCGACUGUGUUCGGCUUCACCUCGACUGUUCUUACCCAAUUGAAGCUCCGUGCACAGUGGGAAGACCUGUAUCCCCGUGCCCUGGAAUACAAAGAACAGGUUGGCUCACUGAAAGAAAGCAAAGAUAUGGUCCACGAUGGCAACAAAGAAGCCUGGAGAGCUACUUUGGCCAGAAUCAAAAGAAAACAGGUUGACGCAGGUUUGACUGAGAGCAGCUUCCUUCGGAGACGUCGCUGCGCGGCUGCUGCGGCCGCAGAGUCAUAUUCAGGAACCCAGGAGCAAGCCGACCCCCUAUUCUUCACUGAAGGUCAUCAGAAGGAAAUGGUUUUUUUGGAAAAGAAAAGCCGCAUUAGGCGAAUUCAGGCCACUGCGGAGAAGUCCUUACCAGACGCGACUUUGCAAGAUCAACAAGACGCAGAGGCUGCUUCGGCCAGAUUUGCAGAGAAUCAAAAGAAAAGACGCGAGAAGGCAAGUAGGAUUGAAAGGCAUGUUAGCAACAAACACAGGGAUGCCUUGCUCGCCGAUUUAUCUGGCUCUAAAGCUUUCCUGGCUGUUUCGGCCAAUAUGGAAUUGACUGCAAGUUUAGCCAACAAUGGAAUCCAAGUGACAGCGCAAGCCUCCCAAGCACAUGUCAUUGUUUGCGACAAGCCAGGUGAAAGCUUACUGCCAGCAUCCCUACAACUGAUGAUAGGUUUGCGAGGCUUGGUGGAAGUUUCCCCAUCUUUUUUUACUGUUGGAAACGGUUCUGCUUUGAAAUUUCAUCGCGCUGUUUCGGUGCGUAAAGUUGUUCUUGUAAGCAAAAUAUGUGCAGAAAAGCAUGAUGCCUUUUGGAAAGAUUUUCGGCAAGCGCUUCCUGGUGGGCAUGGUUGGCAACUUCACAAAAUGAAUGCCGGCACAGUGGCACAGCUGCAGGCGAAGCAAAGGACCUUUCCGAAAUACAAAGCAUACGCAGUCAUUCAUGAGGAUGAAACAGAUGCGGUCAGUGAAGGGGACAAGCAAAUUUUCACCAUCCAGACUUUCUUGCAUCGCAUUCGUCGCGCAGACAUGGUAGAGUCGUGGGUGGCUGCUUCGGCCUGCUGCUGCGGCCUGCCUGGCUGGCUGCUUCCAGCCAUGCCUGUCCAGCUUCGCGUUCCCCGAUUGGUUCGUGUGGGGAGUGAUUUCUCUGGCUUGGACACAGGCAUUUUCGCUUUGAAGCGGUUGCAGCUGCCGGUGGAAGUUUCAUUUUGCAGCGACACAGACCCACACUGCAGAAAACUACUGGAAGCUGCUCACAAGCCAAAAUGUUUUUUCGACGAUGCCGAACAACGAAAGCCAGAGGAUGAGAUCCCUGUGGACGUAUACAUUAGUACCCCGCCAUGCCAGCCAUGGAGUUCACAGGGAAAAAGGAAAGGUCUCCAAGAUCCCCGGGGGAGGUUGCUGAAAGUGCCUUUGAGGUAUACAAAGCGGCACAAACCAAGGGUCUUUCUGAUGGAGAAUGUGAAGGGUCUCUGCCACCGGAAAAACAAACCGGUACUCCGCGGCAUCCGAGCCACGUUAGAGAAGCUGGACUACAGGGUCUGGCUUGGAGUCUUAAACGCUGUGGAUUUCCAAAUCCCGCAAAAGAGACAAAGGCUCUUCAUUGUCGCGAUCCGCAAAGACUCCUGCAGGAGACCUUUCAAGUGGCCCAAAAAACUCGGUAAGCGAAGGCUGUCAGAGGCCUUGGACCCGAUGCAGGCUGCAGAUCGGCCUGGUCGGUUGCCGAAAAAUCAAAGAGCCAAGGCUUUGGCUUUGGCUGCCUGCCGAAAAGUUAACAAGGAGGGCAUUGACCCACGACAGGUUCCUGUUGCCAUAGACGUCGGCUGCAGCCAAAAAUAUGCCACCUUUGGCAUUGAUGUCAGCCGCACUUUGAGCCAAGCUCGCGCCAAGACAGAAGCGGAGACUGACGAGGCAAACUUCUGUCAGUAUGUCUAUGUGACACAGCUUUUUGUCAAAGAGAAGCCAGCAGAUUUCUUCGGUCUCGCAGAGAUGGAAGACGUGUACGAAUGCACUCGCAAUGCCAUUUUUUGGUGCUACUGCCACCUGGCCCCAGACAUCAGAUCUGAAUUUGAAUGGCAGAUUGUGAUUGCACUGGACAUGCUGACGACUUUGCGUUACACAGAUCCCGACAGCUUCCCAGACAGCCGAAUUGUCGCUGGUUUGCCAGAUGCGGUGGAAGAAACCAAGUUGCCCCUGACCCAUGCAACCAAGCGCGACUUCUAUGUGGCCACGCUCUUCAUCAGCUAUCUCGACGCUUGCCCGCUGAAUUAUUGUGGCUUCAGAUGGUCUACGUUUCGUGAGAACCUGUGGGAGUCCUUCAACAAGGCAGUCCAGAGAUCAGAAGUAAACAAUGAAUUGAAGAUUGGACACUUCUCAGGAGAGGGCGAUUUGCCCUCUCCAACCGCAGGAGAGGUCGUCGUCUUCACAGGUCGUCAUGUUGAGCUUGGCUGUUUCGGCCACCCUGGCUGCUUCGGCCACUUCGCCUUCGUCGUCAGUGAGGCUGUUUCGGCCUGGAGUGCUGACAUGCCAAGCCCCAUGGACUCAGGGUGGGCGCCCAUGUUGUGUAUCGACUGUGGUGGCGUCUUAACCCGUUAUGGAGAUGUCAAGUACGACGGCGAGGAAAUCUACAAGGCGACGAUGCCAGGAGCAUGGGCUUUCCUGCUUUUGUGGCAGGCUUGCUAUGGCGAAGAUGCUGUGAGAAUCAUUUCGAAGGUGAAAUGGUUCCCACACAAAGAGAAGCAUUGGGUGGUGAGACACGCGAUGUCUCUUGGGUUGUCCUCGGACCAGGUCUUCUUGACGGAUCAGAACAGCAACAAAGGAUACUACGCGCGCCGCUCCAAUGGCACCGUGGUCGUCGACGACAGGCUGGAUUGCUUGCAGAGCAUGAUGAACGGAAGCUCAAAAAGCCUGCAGACAGCUGUCCUGUUCGGGGGCGCCGAUCCACGAAACGAGAAAAAGGUGCACUGCAUCAGCGACUUCAGAGACCUUGCCGUCUUGCUGGAGGUCUACCCGAAUGGUACGGUUUGGGACUGGCUCAUGGACGAAGGCCCUCCAAACAAACCUCAUGACGAAGCAGUGCGAGACGACCUCCUGCAACGCUUGAAGGCCAUGGACGACGCCCGAGCCUGGCUACCAACUUCAACGGCAAACAAAAGAAAGGUUGAGGCUGCAUCGGCCUUGUCGUCGAGCAACUGGGUCCCAAAAGGUUCUGCAGCGCCCGCCGGCGACAAUGACGACGAUGACGAGCGUCCGCCGCCUCCAGACAACGUCGUCUUUUUGUACCGCAAGUCUGCUGCAAAAAAACCAGUCAAGAAGGAAUCGCCGCCGCCGUCGACGAGACCGCCAAAGCAAUCCACAAUCAAAGAAGAGCCGGACUACGGCGGCGACCAGGCCGACGACGACAACGACGACAAUGACAAUGAACAGGAAAGCAGUUCAGAGGAGGACCAGGAGGAGGACACAGAAAGCGAGGCCAAAAAACUUCGACGAAGUUCCUCCAAAAAAUCCGGCAGCAGGCGGCGAAGCACUUCCACUGAUGCCAAGAUCAAAGACUUGCAAAAUCAGGUGAAGCAGCUGCAGUGGCAGCAACAGGCUGGGUGGUACUACCCGUACUACCAGGCCGCGGCGGCUGCUUCGGCCGCGCAAGGCAGCCAGCCGGCGGCACCGGCUGCAUCGGCCGGGCCGCCGCCUUGGGGGGGCCGACGUCCGGAUUCGAGCUGGACGCAGGCAAAGAUGAAGCGUGCCGAGCAGCACCGUGCUACUGGAGGGCAGACGGCACAGCGGAUGACCCCGGCAAUAGCAUGUUGCCGAUGUGGGAAGAAUCAGCCGGGCGCAUAUUGCCCUGCCAGGGUGAAUCUUCACUGGCUGUUUCGGCCAGACGGUAGCACCACUGGCUGUUUCGGCCAGACGGCAGCAUGGCUAAGACGGCCGUGCGACACUGGCUGCUUCGGCCAGGUCAAUGACGACGGAACGCGACAGUGGAAAGGGGAAAAAAGCAAGCAGGGACAUCAGGCUCAUUGGAUUAAGGUGCAUGAUGCUUUGGCCCGAAUUUUCUCACACGAAUUAUUCAAAGACAUAUUGACAGCAGACCCUUUGUCUGUCAAAGAUGGCGGCAGAGAGGCAGCACUCGACGCUACUCAGGCUGCUUCGGCCUUGAAAAACGCUGGCGUCUAUAAGUGUGCCGCCAAUUUUUUCCAUCAAGACUUCCUUUUCAUGGCCACGCACAAAGUGCCUAUGAACGAAGCGCAGGUGCAGCAAAUCAAAGACUAUUGGUUUCCCAAAAAUGAACCGCCGUCAUUGUGCCCCUUUGUCAUCACAGUCGCUUUGGAAACCCCUGGCUGCAUCGGCCAACGUCCACAAAACGGUUUCCAACGUCUCAGUCCUCCAGAGCCGGUACACGCCUUGCUGUUUGCACUGGCUGAAGCCAUUGAAAGCAAAGCAAAAGUUGGAGUAUUGCGCGCUUUCAGAAGUUGCAUCCUCACUGCGACCUUUGUGUUCGAAAUCUGUCCUGUUGGUGAAGACCGCUACUGGCGUGCACAAAACAUUCGUGAAGAGAUGGUUGAAAAGGGUUUGUCGGUUCAGUUGUCAUUGCGCCAGCGUAUAUUUGAUAUUGCAGGUGUCAAGCAGUUUUGGAAUGGUGUGACCAAAACUGGCUCACUUCGUCUGCUUGGAAAUCAAUUUACGCCUUGCAAGCAUUGCUUGACAGAGGAGGCUGAUACGGCCUGGUUGCUGGGUUGCCCGCCAAGUGUUUCUGAAAUUUGCGAGUUCCUGGAUCAACUUGUCUUUGGAUCCCACUAUGACGCAAGAUACAAGGAUGCAAUCAAGAGCAAACACGAGGUGGAAGAUUUCUUGAAUUACACAACUCUAAAGACCACCAUGGAAACCAUUGAAAAAAUGACUCGCCAAGAGGACAAGCCCGAGGGACUCAAUGGCGAUGAAGAGCAGAAAGCAAGAACGGAAGAGGAAAGACAGGAAACAGAACUGGAGGCUGCUUCGGCCUCUGAGGCUGCUGCGGCCUCUGAAGCUGCUCCGGCUUCUGAAGAAGUGGAAGACAAUGGUCUUAGUGAGGCAGACAAGGUCAUGUGGAGACAGCACAUGCGCAAGAUCCUCAACCAGCAUGUGCGAUUUGUCGCCGAUCACCGCACCAAUGUGGAAUUGGAAAGUGUCUUGAAAGAAACACCUUUCAUGUCCUUGCGCGGAGAUCAAACAGGAAUGGCCCUCUUCCACUUUGAUUUGAAAAAAUAUGGCGAGCCCACCACACGGCCAGACUUGAGAACCCCAACCUUUCGUGAAAACCUCUACACCCGGCUUGUCAAGAGCGUUCUUGCUGCGCGGCAAGACGCAAUGGGCACUCCCAACCCCAACCUUCAGGCAGGGGAAGUUGCAUUGAUUUUCGAUGCAGGAAAACUAGACGACGGAUGGCCCGAGAGCGUAGACGAGCAAAGUCUUCUGUUGCUAGUAUGGAGACACUAA